GUGCCCGGGGCGCGGACGGGAGCCGCGGGGACCCCUCGGGCUGUGCGGGGACCGCCCGGGAGCGCGGCCUGGGCCCGGCUCGGCCACGGGGUCUUGGAGGGAAUCGCAGGGGACGGGACCCUGGAGGGCGUCCUGGCCGCGGGUCCGGGGCGAUGCUUGCAGGAGGGCGCCGGGGGUCGGGGGGCAGCCCGGGCCCGGCCGGGCUCCCAGCUGUCAGAUAAGGUGGGGGCCUGGCACAGGGCCCCGCGCGUGUCCUGCCGGAGGAGUUGCUGGUUACGUUCGCUUCCGCCUGACCUUCCCGUGCGGCUCGGCCUCCAAUUCUCCUUAGAAAAUGGGUCCGACGGGCCGCCUGGUGACCAUCAGAAGGAGCGGGCUGGACGGCGCGCACUUCCCCCUGAGCCUGAGCACCUGCUUGUUCGGGAGGGGUAUUGAGUGUGACAUCCGUAUCCAGCUUCCUGUCGUGUCCAAACAGCACUGCAAAAUUGAAGUCCGUGACCAGAAGGCAGUCUUGUUUAACUUCAGUGCCGCAAACCCAACCCAGGUGAACGGGUGUGCCAUCGACGGGCCUGUGCAGCUCAGGCACGGGGAUGUGAUCACCGUCAUUGACCGCUCCUUCAGGUAUGAAAAUGACAGUCAUCCAGACGGAAGCAAGUCAACUGAAUUUCCAGGACAAAGAUGUGAACAGAAAUCUCCGAGACGGGUCUCAAGGUCUAGCUUCUCUUCCAUCCCCGAUGGUAAAGUUCAAGUCCUCGGUGCUGCCCGCUCACAAGUCACUGAAGAGGGAGACUCAGGAGGGCCCCUGGAGGGCAGAGAGCACGUCGGGGCGACCUGCACCUCCUCUCGCGGCUCAGAAGGCCCCGCUACCAAAGGCACAGCCGAUGCUGGUUCCUCGGAGCCCCCCGGAGAUCUCCACGGAAACGCGGCGGGGUCCCUUGCUGGGGGGUUCGGAGUGGGUUCCCGUGUGACCGCUGCGAGCUGGAAUGGAGGGCAGGAUCCGGAGAAGGACGGAGAGAACGAGUCUCCGUUCCGGAAGCUCUACGAGUCUAUGAAGGAAGAGUUGGACGUGAAACCAGAGAAAGAGGCUGUUCCACAGAAUCGCAGAAAAUCUGGAUCCCGGGGCCAGGGUGCAUCAGAAUCCGAAAGUGCGACUCAGCCCCGGGUCUCCCCCAAGGCCAGGCGGAGGUCUGGUCGGAGCAGCCAGGCGGAGGCAGAGAGAGCGGGCGAAGGACUGGCUCAGACUCCAGAGGCCACCCCGAAUCCCAGCAUGCCCCCCACAGAGACGCCCAAGGCCAAGGCCCCCAUCCCCUGCUCACAGCAGAAUUCCUCCCAGAAGCUCCGCAGUGGGGAGCUGAGUGUCACCCGUGGGGGUGGACCUGUGAGUGUCGCCCGUGGGGGUGGACCUGUGAGUGUCACCCGUGGGGGUGGACCUGUGAGUGUCACCCGUGGGGGUGGACCUGUGAGUGUCGCCCGUGGGGAAGACCUCUGGGCAGACAGGGCCGCGUCUGCUCCCCGGAGGCUCUCAGCCAGACAGCAAACACCCACGAACGGCACAGGCGCUGGCGACCUCGGCAAUCCAGCAGAAAAGGUCUCUUCCCGGAAGAGGAGAAGGAGCCUGUCUCCCACGGCCGGCGUUCUCCCUGCAGGAACAGACUUCCCAAAGCAAGCCCUGCCCUCCCCGCUGCCGGUCCCCACGGAGCAGAAGGCUCCCGGCGGGGCCCCGGGCCUCAGUGCCGUGGAUGUCAGCAACAUUGGCGAUGCCCUCAGUAAGACUGAGGGGAAGCCCUUAAAGAGAAGGCGGGUCUCCUUCGGGGGUCAUCUGAGACCUGAACUAUUUGAUGAAAACUUACCUCCUAAUACCCCUCUCAAAAGGGGAGAGACCCCGAUGAAAAGACGCUCUCUGGUAGCCCACACGCCUCCCGUCCUGAAGAAAAUCAUCAAGGAACAGCCAUCGGAAAAGGGGGAACCUUCAGGAAUCCGUUCGGAGGUGGCCACGCAAAACAGUCCUACGAACACGUCUCCACGUAUAAAUGAUGCUCGCCGGCGGUCCCCCAAGCCACCUGCCUCAAGUGGCAGCAAAUCUCCACAUCACACAGAUGCCCCUAAGCGGGGAGGCAGGCGGAGCAGCAGCGGGCCCGCCAGGAGGGCCUCCGUGGACCGGAGCCAGCGCGGAAUCCUGCAGACCAUUCACUCCCGGCGGCGGAGCGGGGCCUCGGAAGCCAACCUGAUGGUGUCGAGGUCGUGGGCAGAUGUGGUGAAGCUUAGCGCCAAGCAAACACAAACUAAAGUUGUGAGACAUGGUCCCCCAAGACCUGGUCCCCCAAGACCGCCGAGCAAACGGCAGAGGAGAGUUAACACCCCAAAGAAGCCUCUGGCCAGCGUUCACAACGAGUUCAGCACUGGCCACGCCGCCUCUCCCUGCACCAUCGUGAUCGGGAGAGCUCACAUCGAAAAGGUCAGCGCGCCUGCUCGGCCCUACAGGAUGCUGAACAACUUCGUGAUCAACAAAAAAAUCGACUUCAAUGAAGACCUUUCAGGGUUAACUGAAAUGUUCAAGACUCCAGCAAAAGAGAAGCCACAAACAAUGAACCUAGGUCCCACCACUUUUUCAAAUUCCGAGGACUCGCUUGGGAAAAAGUUUCAAGUACUUAAUUCAGAAGACAAACCUCUGCUGUGCACCCCAGAAAAGUUUGGAGAAAAGGAUCUGAAUGCACGAGAAGAACUAUGGGAUAAACAGUCUUCAAGCCCAGCCUUUACACAACAGUGUGUUACAGUAAAUGGAAAUAUGAAAACCCCACGAUUGGAGACAGAGCUUCCGAAGGCAGCAUCCAGUACAAACAAAUUCAGGAGGUCCGUGGAGCUCAGAAAUAUACAGGUGACAAGUGCAGAAUGUGGAAAGGAUGACAAAGAAGUCGACACUGUUCAGAACAUCUUGGGAAGAUGCCUGAGAAAAUCAUCAGUACAAACACAGCUACCAGAGGGAGAGAUGAAGGAAAGGGAAAGAUCCUUUGGAACAUGUAAUAAAAACAAUGAACCAAGAGAAAAUUCUGAAAAACCGAUCACUGGGAGGAGAUCAAGAAGAUCAUCAGAGCUGAAAUGCACACCAAGAGCAGGCCUGAUCCCCAUCCAGAGAUGGCAAGAGACAGAAUGUAAGGAAGACCUGGGGGGCAGCCUCAGUUUCCUCCAAAACCCAAGCGGCGCUGAGGAAGCAGUGGGUACGGAAACCAAAACCUUAUUGAUGCACUGCACAUCCCCAGCACCGGUCAGCACACCCACCAGGGUGAACACGCGCAUCAAGACUCCUUCCCAGAGAGCGAAUGUAGAAGAUCUCUCAGACCUCAGGAAGCCCACACGAACCCCAGGGGACAUAGCAGAUACACAAAAAGAACCAGCAGGUGGUGCCAAAAGCAUGAAAGAAUUUAAGGAAGCUCCAGACCAGAAAUUGGACUCAUCAGAAAAUGUAACUGGAAGCAGGAGGAGGUCGAGAACACCCAGGAGGAAGGCCCAACCCAUAGAAGACAUGACGGGCUUCAGAGAGCUCUUCCAAACACCAGGUCACAUUGUGGAAACAGUGACUCAUGACAAAACCACCAAAACACCCAGCAAAUCUCCACAACCAGAACCAGGCAGGACACCAACCAGCACCAAGAGACGUUUCAGGUCACCUGUGGGGAGAGUCGACGUGGAGGAAGAGCUCUCAGCACUCAGGAAGCCAACACCAAGACCAGGGGAAACCACACACUCCCACAGAGAACCAGAAGGUGAUGAUAAAGGUAUCACAGCAUUUAAGGAAACUCCAGGACAGAAACCAGACUCAGCAGAAAAUGUAACUGGAAGCAGAAGGAGGUCAAGAACACCCAGGAGGAAGGUCCAACCCAUAGAAGACCUGGCUGGCUUCAAAGAGCUCUUCCAAACACCAGAUCACACAGUAGAACCAAUGACUGAUGACAAAACCAAAACACCCUGUAACUCUCCACAACCAGAACUAGUCAGCACUCCCACAAGCACAACAAGACGACUCAGGACCCCUGUGGGGAAAAUGGAUGUGGAGGAAGAGCUCUCAGCUCUUAGGAAGCCAACACCGGGGGAAACCACACACUCCCACAGAGAACCAGAAGGUGAUGAUAAAGGUAUCGCAGCAUUUAAGGAAGCUCCAGAACAGAAACCAGACUCAGCAGAAAAUAUAAUUGGGAGCAGGAGGAGGUCAAGAACACCCAAGAGAAAGGUUCAACCCAUAGAAGACUUGGUUGGUUUCAAGGAGCUCUUCCAAACACCAGAUCACAUCAUGGAAUCAUCGGCCGAUGACAAAACCACCAAAAUACCUUGCAAAUCUCAAAACCCAGAACCAGUCAUCAUGCUACCAGGCAGAAACAGACGUGUGAAGGCACCUCAAGGCAGAGUGGUUGUAGAAGAUGAGCUCCCGGCACUCAGAAGGCCCACACGCACGCUGGGGAAAACCACAAGGUCCCACGGAGCUCCAGAGGCUGCUGAUGAAGAUACCAAAGUGUUGGGGGAGAUGGCAGAAGAGAAAUCAGAUCCUGCAGAAAAUGUAACUGGAAGCAAGAGGAGGCCGAGAACACGUAAGGAAAAGGCCCAACCCAUGGAAGACCUGGCCGGCCUCAAAGACGAACCAGAGACUGUUGUCCAAACCACUGAAGUGCCCUCCAGAUCUCCACAGCCAGAGGCAGUCCUGCCAGCGCGCAGGAAGAGGCAGGUCAGGGCGCCUCCCAGGAAGGUGGAUAUGGAGGAAGAGCUCUCCGCACCCAGGAAGUCCACACGGACAUCAGCGAGAGCCACAACGUCCCACAGAGCUCCAGAGGCUGCUGCUGAAGAUACCAAAUUGUUGGAGGAAAUUCCAGAAGAGAAAUCGGAUCUUGCAGAAAAUGUAACUGGAGGCAAGAGGAGGCCACGGACGCGUAAGGAAAAGGCCCAGCCCCCAGAAGACCUGGCCGGCCUCAAAGAGCCCCUCCACUCAUCAUGUCACACAGAAGAACCGGAGACUCUUGUCCAAACCACCGAAAUGCCCUCCGAAGCUCCACAGGCAGAAGCAGUCCUGCCAGCGCGCAGGAAGAGGCAGGUCAGGGCGCCGCCCAGGAAGGCGGACGAAGAGGAAGAGCUCUCGGCUCCCAAGAAGCCCACACGGACAUCGGCGAGAGCCACGAGGUCCCACAGAGCUCCAGAGGCUGCUGCUGAAGAUACCAAACUGUUGGAGGAAAUUCCAGAAGAGAAAUCGGAUCCUGCAGAAAAUGCAACUGGAAACAAGAGGAGGCCACGGGCGCGUAAAGAAAAGGCCCAGCCCCCAGAAGACCUGGCCGGCCUCAAAGACGAACCAGAGACUGCUGUCCAAACCACUGAAGUGCCCUCCAAGUCUCCACAGCCAGAGGCAGUCCUGCCAGCGCGCAGGCAGAGGCAGCUCAGGGCGCCGCCCGGGAAGGCGGACGUGGAGGAAGAGCUCUCCGCACCCCGGACGUCAGGGAAAGCCACGCGGUCCCGCAGACGACCCGCCGACAUCACAGUGUUCAAGGAGUCUCCAAGGCAGGAACCUGGUCCUGCGGCAGACACGGCGGGCGGCAGACGCCAGCCGAGAUCACGGAAGGGAAGGGCCCAGCCCCCGGAAGGCCCAGCCCGCCGCCAACCACUCCCGCAAAGCCCCGUUCAAGACGAGGAGCCAGACGCAGGAACUGAGAACAAACCUGCCAAACCCAGAAGAGUCCUCUGGGCCCCGGACGUGAAGCCCGUGGAAGGCCAGGCGGGCCGCAGAGACCCCGUAACGCCCCCAAGGGGGGGCAGCGUUCCCCUGGCCCCCAGGAGGAAGCGUGAAGAUGGAAGUCCCACCAGAACGAGGGGACUGCGCACCAGCGCACGAGCACAGGACCCAGUGGAGGAGAAGCCACCCCCAAAGCGGCAGCGGACGGCUCCCCAGCAGAGGCGUGAGCCGCCGGAACCCCUGGGCGUGAAGAGGAGGCGGGGAGCUGUGGCAGACGGCACGGAAGACGUGCCCGGCGAGGACCUGGGAACGAAGACGAGGGGCAGGAGAGCGCCGGUGGCCACCUCCCCUGGCAAGGAAGUGUCCCUGCGUUCCAGACUCGCAGCUAAAACCAGCAGCGCUGAGCAGACACCCGGCGUUCCGGGAACAGCAGGAGCGGGGAAGACCAAGAGGAGCGGGAGGAAGCCCGCGCCCGCCUCCCCGGAGGCGAAGAGUCACAGCCCAGAGGAUGGAGCCGGGAGCUCUGUGCCUGGGGACGAGGUCCGUGAGAGGAGAGCGUGCCCGCGGCCCCGGAGACGGGGGAGGGCGCCCGAGCCCAGCGUGGCCGGGGAGAAAGCCGGGGAGACCCGUGAGGAGGCCCCCGGGAAGGCUCAGGAAGAGAAGGAAGGAGCCCGGCCUGCAGGCCUCACACAGCGGAGGGCCAGGAAGGUGACGGUCCCUCCCGCCGGGGACACUGCGGAGAGUCAGCCCAAACCGAGAGCCACGCGGAGCGCCAAGAGGCCUGCGGGAGAGGCGAGGCAGGAAGACGACGACCUGGCCGUCAAGAAGAUAAGGACCCGCAGUCGCCGGGGCCGUGAAGAUGUUUAGCUCAGAUGUUGGGGUGGGGGGUGGGGGGUGGAGGGUAGGAAUGUAGUUUAGUGAUAAGUUCUAGAACAAUGUCUGCUGUGAAUUUAAACGUGGGUUCUGUAAAUAAUGCUCUCCGGGUGCUUAAGGGAAGAAAGCUUUUAAAAUUUUUCUGAUUCUCCAUAGUCUAUUCAAAAACCCUGCGAGGAGUUAUGAAAGAGGGACUCCUGGGUCCCCAGAAAUAGCAAUUUGAGGCGGGGGGUGGGUGGGGUGGGUAGGAGGGGAGUUUGAGCCAAGCUGUCCUCUCCAGCUUUGCCAAUGCAGCCCUGGAACCGGCGUCCGGAUCAGCACGCUCCUGGGCUCAGCACUUGCGUUGUAAAUGCUUCUGUGUUUGUCUGUGUUCCCUCAGGACCCCAAAGGCAGGGCCCUCGGGAGGCGAGAGGAAGGGACAGUGCAGAAUCCCGGUGCUCACAGGUCUGUCCUCACAGUGCGAGGCUGUAGUCCCUGCGCCAGGGCUGUCUGCACAGGACAGGCUGGUCCGGGACUCCAGUCACUCAGGGAAUGAACGUGACCCUGAGGACAGCCUGUGGACCCCCCCCCCCUUCGGGUUCAGGAGUCAGAGGACAUUGAGGGGCUGACCGGUGGCGUGCCUUUUUCAUAUUUGCUUAAAUCGACUGCGCUCAUCUGAGAAGGCCCCGUCCACCCUCCCGUCGGCCAGGGGCUCGUUCUCAGUGCCAACACCCUCUUAGCUCUGGUGUCAGGCUCCUAGACAAAACGACCGAGCCGAGCAGACCUGAGAGUCUCACAUCAGCAGAAAAGGUUACAGUUUUCUGAGCUUCUGCUGGCCCUGGUCCCAUCUGUGCUUUUUCUGGCUGCACCUGUCGGCCUACUGGGUGCCCUGCACCCACCGGGGACAGGAAGCAACAUGAGCCCCAAACGCAAGGCCAUUUCUGAGGGCGGCAGGCACCAGGGCCCCUCCCCAGGGGCCCAGCUCUCAGUGGAGGCCAUACCUCCCAGUUGCAUGUCCAGCCCAGACUUCCUUCCGUUUCAGGCCUAGACCUGCAUCUAACUGCUGGCAUCUCUGUUUUUAUGUCCCUCUGUGUCCUCCUGUCCCUCUGUGUUCUCUAGUCAGAAAAUAGCACAUCUGUCCAGUCACCUGUGUGGACGCCCCCACAAUUCCCCAGCCUUGCCAGGCUGAGGCGAGGAUGGAAGACGAGGUGGCUGUCUGUGCCCUCCUGUCCUCUGUGUCUGGCGUGGAGCCAGGUUCUUAUAAAAAUAAACUUUUGUUAAUUAAUUGA